ACGACACUUUGCCACCAGAGCAAAUAUAGUUUUUUAAGGGUACUGUCAUCCUCUCGAAUUCGAAACUUAACCCUUUGUCUUUUUUUUUUUUUCUGGUGGACGUGGAGGAAAGUUAGAAAAAAAAAGAGCCAAAGAAUUAGAGUCAGGGAAAAGAAAAUCUUAACUUAACCCAGGUCGGGGUCCCUGCGGUCCAAGCCCGCAAUUCUUCGCCGCCUUUUUUUUUCUUCAAUCUGCCUUUACUGCAGGCCAUUUUUUUUCUCCACCUCAUCAACUUCAGGACAGGCCUGAGUCCCCUUUCUAGAGGUUUAGGACCUAUCAUAUAUAGGAAAGAUUUGGCAACCUGGCGCUCAGGAGUUAGCUAUCCGGUAUUUGAGCUCCGUAACAGCAUACAACCCGACUUGAUCUUCGUUUCGGCUUCUUGCAUUUUUACUGCACUGCCAAUCCUGCCUAACUUUUUCAGCCAACCAGCCAUAGUCAUCGCUGCCCCUUCGACCGAUACUACUCACCUCCUACCGAUUUUUACGCACGAGUAUUCUCGUCUCACGACGGCGCCCUGCCUCUCAUCCUCCCUUCCCUGAAGACCUAAGACAGGUCUUAAAUAUUAUAAUACACAAUCUAACAAGGCGUUUUUCGCCCGUUUAUAUACGCGUAGAAAGGGAGCUGCAGCCUGCUGGCUCCCCACAGCAGCUGCACCAGCCCUCAAUAAUACCAUUGUGGCAAUCAUGAACCAACACGAUAUGUAUUACGAUUAUUCGACGACGGCGAAUAGGUCGCCUGGGUCGACAAGACAGGGUUAUGCUACCGUUGGUUUACCUUCGGGAUUAGGGGCUAAUCGAUCGGGUCAACGACCUCUCGAAUCUCUUGGCCAGCACAUAGCGCCCGGUUCGAUAUAUGGACACGAUGACCGUCUCGGCGGCGCGGGCUAUGAACCUUUAUCGAGAUUUGAUCGCGUCGCACCAAGCGCGCUGCAAUCUGGCUACAUGUUGGAGAAUAGCCAGACGUGGGGUUAUAACGGCGGAGUAGCCACUAUGAAUGGCCCCAUGAAUGGUAAUGGUAGGUUAGCGGUGAGGGCUGUGACUCGACGAGCCGCUCUACCCACGACGUGGACUGAUCAAUCCGGGUUGGGUGUACAUUCGAUGUCUCAACUCUACGAUCCCGGUAUGGCGAUGAACGGAAAUGAACACGAUCUAUCCAAUAUGGCUGGCGCUGCUGCGGAUUCUCGAGGGAUGAUGACUACUCCCGGUGCGGCCGACUCUGAGCAACUUAUCCCGACCGCCAUCGUGAUCAAGAAUAUCCAGUUUCAGUGUCGAAAGGAAAUUCUUCAAGGCCUUAUGGCAUCCAUGAAUCUCCCUCAGCCGUAUGCUUUCAACUACCAUUUUGACAAGGGUGUAUUCAGAGGACUAGCCUUCGCCAACUUCUCGACGGCUGAUGACACUGCUAUUGUGAUCCAGAAGAUGAAUGGGUUGGAAGUUAUGGGCCGCAAGUUGCGCGUUGAAUACAAGAAAAUGCUACCGCAAGAUGAGCGUGAUAGGAUUGAUCGGGAGAAGCGUGAAAAACGAGGUCAGCUCGAAGAACAGCAUCGAGCGCCACUGCCUAUGCACCAACAGAGUGCGCUACAAGCUCUUGGUGUCAGUGUCAACAAGCAGCCGAGUAAUUCGCCUUUACGCGAUGUUGAUUUGAAUGAUCCUACUACUCUCGAGUUCUAUACCCAGUUGACUUUGUUCAAAAAUGAUCCAUCUCGCGAAGUUCAUAUUUUCUCACCUGAUGUUACCCCCGAACAGCGCCGACAGAUACAUAUCCUUGCCCAUAACAUGGGUUUGGAGCAUAGAUCCGUCGGGGAGGCUGAUCGAAGACAGAUUCAGAUCAUGAAACGGCCUCAGAACUCACCUCCUGUCCACACCCAGAGCCAGCUCCCCAACGUUUCCUGGGAAGAUCAUCGGCGUGGGUUGAGUCGCGCCGCUACAUAUGACUUUACAGAAUCUCGCAUAGGUUCCAGUGCUUAUCAUGCACUAGGUAGACAGGGCCCUACGUUGGAAUUGCCCGGCAGUCCAGAAAACGGCAUACCGAACAAUCUGAGGGCAGCAAAGAGCUUCGCCGAUCUGCGCACGCACAGUCCAAGCCCCGCGCCGUCUGGCUCGAGCUAUGCUGGCCUUGGAAACGGCCUUGGGGCCCGUUAUGGUGAUUUUUCCCCAAACUCGUUGACCACGCCUCCCAAUUUAACCCCGACAUCAGGUCAAAACGCUACAUCGAGCACCGACGCUUUAUUGGCAGGCAACAUGAGCUCAAUGAGCUUAGGUUUUGAUUCGAAUGCUUCGCACAUGCGUGCUAGGGAAACGCCGGGUGCUAUUGGAAGCCAGAGGCCAGGAGCUAACGGAGCGUCAAACCGCAACGCUCCCGAUAGGCAACCGCGUGGCCCGGAAUGGGGAGAGGCUGCCCCAGGUUUCAGUGGACGAAGUCGUGGUCAUAUGCAGAGAGGUAGCGGUUAG